AGAUACAGUACUUCCCACUCACAUAAACGAAAAUCGCUUCUCGAUUGAAGAUGAUGACUGGAACCCUAACCUCUUCUUCUCCGUCUUCCUCCACGAAGAUCGUUCUCGAAGAUUUUUCUGCGACGAAUUUCCGUCGUGCAACAGAGAUUUUCCCUUCUGUUCUCAUGAAAACAUCUCACCUCAAGUUUUUGCGUUUAGAUUCUGUUCAGAGCAGGAUUCUUAAGCCGAUUCUGCUUCGUUCCUCGUUGAUUAAGGUUUCUCAGGAAAACAGAGAAGCUGCAGAAAUCGAAGCUGUAGAAAAAUCGUCGGCUACAAAAACGGUUCGUGUAAGUUUCCAGUUGCGGAGAGAGUGUGUGUUUGGGGAACAUUUCUUCAUCCUUGGUGACGAUCCUGUGUUUGGCGUUCCUUGGGACCCAGAAAAUGCCUUACCACUCAGCUGGUCAGACGGCCAUGUUUGGACCGUUGAUCUGGAUCUGCCCGUUGGAAGACUGGUUGAAUUCAAGUUCAUACUAAAGGCAAAGACAGGCGAGAUUUUGUGGCAACCAGGUCCAAACCGGGCUCUUCAGACCUGGGAAACUAACAAGACAAUCAGAUUAUGUGAAGACUGGGAAAAUGCUGACCUCCAAAUGAUGAUCGAGGAAGAUUUUGUGCCACUCAUUCCAGGAGAAAACCAGCCUUCUGCUGUUAACUUUGAUAUGCCUAUCGUUGCAAAAGAUGAGGAACAUGUGCUUGGUACUGUUCAAGAAAAGUCUUCAGAAGCAGUUGUAGUGAAUGUAGGAUACAUAAGCGAUGAUUCUGAUGAAAAUUUGAGUUCCAAUCCCCAAAGUGAGAAAACCAUGGAAACUUCAAAUGGAGCUCUGACUGCUCUGGGGGAAAAAGAUACCAUGAUAACCGAGGAAGAAGAUCCAGUUUUGGUCCCUGGCUUGAUUCCCCUGUAUGAUUUAGAAAAUGAAGAAGUGAAGGAACCUAUAUCUCAAGUGUCAGUGGAAGCCAUUAACGAAGGUAAAGCCCAAACGUUCCCGGAGGUAGGUAAGAAGGAAGAAAUUAAAAUGGAAAAAAACGAGAAAGGGAAAGUAAAAGCAAUAAAGGGUGUAGAGAAGAUGCUUUACAACGCAUCAAAGGAAGAGAUGCAGCAGCAGCGGCUAGAGACAGAAUCGCUUGAAACGCCAAAUGUGCUUUUAGAGAAAGACAUCCAAUGGGGACGCAAAACGCUUUACAAGCUUUUAAGUAACUUUGGACUUUUCUAAACUCAACACAAAAGUUUUGAGUGCAUUCAUUAAUAUCGGCAAAAGAGCUCUUGAACGGUACGCUAGCUUCUUGUUCCAUGGUCAUCUUUUACAGUUUCUAUUUAUGAGAAUUGAAAAUAGAUUGAAGCAUGUUGUGUUUGUAUAUAUAUGUAUGAUCAAAUGGUUUGGUAAAGAGGGAGAUGAAGAGAGAAUGGAGUGUUAACUGUUAACUACGGAUGUAACAUUGUAUCAUGUUGCUGCCUUUUUAUGUAGAUCCAUUUCUCUAUAUAAUUUGUUGUCAUUACGUUAUGAUAAUGAUCAUGAUUGUCAUAUGAUUAAUCUUAAAUUCCAAUUUCUUA